AUGGUGAACUCGUCCAAUGAGCUCACGAACUCGCGCCAUCCUCGGUCUUCGGUCCAGGGAUUGGCCAUUGGAGUCGCAGACUUUGGUCUUCCAAACGAAACGUGCAUCAGUUUCUCAACAAUGUACGCACCCCGCAAAGCUGGCCGGAUGGUUUGGCGAUACGAGCGCAGCACGACAAGCAGUUUCUCCGCAAGACCAAGGACCUGUGGUUUGUUGAGCUGGGUGUCCUUGUUGGAAGCCAAGUCCACCAGAAGAAACAGCGCAGCAGACACUGCCACGUCCGGCAUGAACCACGGCUUGCGGUACAUUGCUGGUGUUUCAUCGCUGGUGUAA